AAUUGUUAACAUCAAUGGAGCCCAAGACGAUGUUCAUCUGAUACACGGCAAUGUGAAAAAUGGAAAACACUCAAAAUCUGUUCAGGUUGCCGAGUGGAUGGGAAGACGCGAAGCAUGGUCAACGGAGAAACCAUCAGAUUUACAAACUAAGCCUACUCGAUGGGAAUACCAAGAUGGCCGUGAAACAGUAGAUCUGUAUCACCGCAAAAUUGAUAACUUGGGUAAUAAGGAAAUGUACUCCGCAGGCCUUCACCAGAAACAUGUUUACAAUAAAAACAGUAGAACGACAGCUGACCGUACUUAUAUUGAUGUCCAUAAUCGUAAAACUGACUUGAUAACUGAUGGUGACCCAUACAUUCAGGAUGAUUUUGGACACCGACACUUAGAAAACAAUGUAGUUCACUUUGCAGAAAACGAAAUAAAUAAAGAAAACAAGCACGCUCGCCAAGUAAAUUUCGACCGAAUGAAACACGACGAUGAUUCAAUGCGCAGGCAUGAAAUAGAGCGAGGAAGCGAUAUAUGUACCAACACAGAACAAAUCAGCUUUCAAAACAAAGAAGAACUGUUUACUAAGAACGGAAAUGUUGAAAUUUUACAACUUAGGACCAGAGAUAGGAUGAGGAGUCGCACUGUUUUAGACGAAGAAAACACGUACGCCAAUAUUCCAAAUAAUUCAUCCACUAACUUAACACAGCCACAUCUUUUAAUGGUAGAUAACAUGGGUAAAGAGAUUCUUAUGCGACGCUUUAUAGAAGAACAGCCCGAUGGCAAGCAGAUAAUACGAGAGCACUACCAAAUUGUGCCUGGUGAUACGUACAUAAAGUCAAUGCCUAAUGAAAUAAAACAGGCAUCGAUAGUAAAAAUGGAAGAAGAUACAUUUAAUUUAGGAAAAUCGGGACCCAAUAGUAUUAUAUACUCACAAACAGAGCCCGAAAUCAAAAUCACACAGACACCACCGUCUCAGGCUAUCGAUACUAUAACGCACAUACAUCCCACUGCGUCAAAUAUAACCAUGACUCAUAAGCUAGAAAAAUCUCUAAAUACGCAAAACGCUCUUCUUCGUCAAAUUCUAUUAGAGAAGACUAAAUUACCAAAUAAAUCUGCUCAACACGAAAUAACUUUAGAAACGCAGAGUCUUCCAGGUCAAUCAAGUGUCAUAGCCAUAGCUACUCAAACGGAUUGCGAAGCCGGUACUCAAACAGAAACCGUGCACAAUUUAAUGCAGAGCACCUUUGGUAAAUUUGAAGUAAUGCCUUCGCGAAGGCGAGCGCGAAGUGAGAAUGAUGAUUUUAUGUCUGAAAAUUCCAAAGGUGUAUAUUAUAUAAAGCGCCGAAUUAAAACAUGUACCCGAAAUCGGGUAGAUCCGCACCAAAAAAUAUUAAUUGUAGAAGACUUGAGGCGUAAACUUCACAAACCAACGAGGAAGGAAAACAAUAUUAAUAAAUACGUGAAUGAACUAGGUGAAAAAAGUCAUAGAACCGACUUACAUAAGGAAUCCAAUGCAUCCUUCAAGUCACAAUCACUAAAUCGAGAAAUUCUAAUGGAAAUAACUGAUUCGUUCAGCGCCUCUGCAAGUUCGGACGAGCAAUAUUAUGAAUACUCCGGGGAAGAGCAGGAUGAAAAUGAUAUUAUAUACUCUAGCGACUCAGAUGCCAAUGAAAUUGUGAUCCGAGAAAACAAAUACUUACCCAGAUCUAUUCGCAACCGAGAGAUGGAGAAAUAUUAUGUUGAUGAUGAAAACAACUAUCAUUAUAAAAACGAAAUAAAUAAAAAAUCACCUAACGACGUUAAAAUUCAUUCGUGUUCAGAGCCGGAAGUACGGGAAAGAUUAUCACGCCUUGACCAUUUUAGACACACGUUACGCAAGAAAAACUUUCAUCAAAGCCCAGUAUCUAAAUUAAAAAAAAAAAUUUGUAAAAUUGACACGAACCCAAAUACAAAAAACACUGAGAUACCAAGUUCUAAGCAUUUAUUCAAUGCUCGUAGCCACCCAGGUGAAAAUGAACCAAAAUAUAUGGAGAAUAAACCCUUUUCAAAUGACCGCACUUUAACUGAGUCUUCGAAGUUGCACAAUUUAACCAGAAAAAAAAUAUUGUCCUCAGAAAAACUUGACCUUAAAACAUCUAAAAGCAUCAAACCUACACAUGCCGCACAUAAAAAUAGAAUUCAAAAACGAACAGAAUCCAGCUCUCACCAAACACAUAAUGGAAACCGAAUGCUAAAGGAAGAUAGAGAUGCGAAUAGGCGAAACAGACCAAAUGUUAAAAGGGAUACAAGCCAUCCUUUACUGCAACAUUCAGAGCAUCGAUUCGAGCGAGAGAACGCGCCGGAUAUUCCACCACCACCCACAAAGCUACCACACUACAUGUACCCAGAAACACCACCAUAUGCAACCAGAUUAAAAAAGGAUGAAGAAAUUAAACAAAAACCAUCACCUAUCAAAGAAAAUGAAGUAAAAGUUUCUAACUCGCAUAUAAAUGUCUGCAAAGAAGACCAAAACUGUCUAACGGAAAUCAAUGCUCCUAAACACGACCAAAUUAAAUUAAAUGUUUCCAAGCUAGAGGAUGAUCAUGAUUCAGGUAUAGCAAUGAAUUCACUAUUGAAUAGUAUGGGUCGUCGAAAUCCUAUAACUGAAAAGAAAAGUGUAUUCUCUAUUGCAUAUGAUGAUAUAAGCCGCGUGAAAAAAAUUACAUCUGGAGCGGAAUCUCCGCAUUACUCAUAGUGAAAGUUCUCCCCUCUAGCAGAGCAAGAUCGCGGUUGCUAUUAAAUUAUCUGUUUCACUGAAACAUCAAAUGACUUGCUGUUGCUGCUUUGGUUCAACUUUGUACUGCAUACAUACACGCAUAUAAAUACGCAGAGACACGAUUCUGAUGUAAGUGUAUGCUGUUGAAACUGUACAUGAACAUGUCUCCACUUUUUUUAUAUACAUACAAGUAUGUUAGUUUUCAUUUCAAAGUAUGUCCCGCUCUUUUAAUUCGAUUAUUCAGUCACAACAUAAAUGUGAUAACUAUGUUUUUAAUUUUAAGCAGAUAAGCAACAAGUGGAGAAGAAAAAGUCGGAUGCCCCGACUUUGAAAUACUUCGUACAUAUAUGUAGAAUAAUUAUAGAAAUUACAUCCGUCACGCCGCCUUCUGCCAAUUGCAUUUUUCACCUCCC